AUGGCCGCUUCCUCAGCGUUGGUGUUGGCGGCGCACUGCGCCGUGUUGCUCAUGCUCGCCCUGGCUGGAGCCGCUCACGGCCACCCUCCUAGUAGCGCCGCCGGCUCGGCGCUGAGCUCCGCGUUCUACGACGCGUCAUGCCCCGGCGCCCACGACGUCGUCCGCCGCGUCAUCCAGGACGCGCGCGUCUCCGACCCGCGCAUCCCGGCCAGCCUCACCCGCCUCCACUUCCACGACUGCUUCGUCAACGGCUGCGACGGCUCGCUCCUGCUCGACGACGACCUCCCGGCGAUCGAGACCGAGAAGACCGUGCCCGCCAACGAUAACUCGGCGCGUGGCUUCGAGGUCGUGGACGACAUCAAGAGCGCGCUGGAGGAAGCGUGCCCCGGCAUCGUCUCCUGCGCCGACAUCCUAGCCCUCGCCGCCGAGAUGUCCGUCGAACUCGCUGGAGGACCACGCUGGAGGGUGCUGCUGGGCCGGCGAGACGGCACGGCGACCAACAUCGAGAGCGCCAGAAACCUGCCCAACUUCUUCGACCCCCUGGACGUCCUGCAGGAGAAGUUCAGAAACGUCAACCUGGACGACACUGACCUCGUCGCCCUCCAAGGUGCACACACAUUCGGCAAGGUGCAGUGUCAGUUCACGACGGAGAACUGCACGUCCGGGCAACCUGAGGGUGCACUGGAGAACCUGGACAAGGCCACACCCAAGGUGUUCGACAACAAGUAUUACGGCAACAUCUUGCAGGGCCGCGCGCAGCUCCCAUCAGACCAGAUUAUGCUGUCGGACCCUGCCGCGGCGGCGACUACUGCUCCCAUUGUUCAUCGGUUCGCAAGCAACCAAAAGGAUUUCUUCAGGAACUUCGCGGCAUCCAUGAUUAAGAUGGGAAACAUUAGCCCGCUGACAGGGAAGGAUGGGGAGAUCAGGAAGAACUGCCGGAGGAUUAACAUCAAAGGCUACUGAAAACUUGGAUUUGAUUCGAUUGGUUUCAUUUUUUAUAACCAAAUGUGACGCUCGUGUUCUCUUUUGAUUCCAUUUCUCCUAUUUUACCAUAAGUGUUCCUUUUUUUCAUUUUGGAAAGCAAAUGUAAAAAAGUUCUUACACGGGUCGUAUGCCCAUUUCGAGAAAAUCGAAUAGCAAUAUAUAUUUUUCUUUAUGAAAGGUCAUAUGCAAGCGAGAGUUUCUCUCGACAUUAUCGAUCUCUUCAACAUGUGCAUAAGGAGUUCCCUGCCUAAUUAUGUAAGAUUUCUAGAAAGGAGAUCCGACAAAAUACAAUUGUAUAUAUCUACUUCCUUUGUCCUAAAUUAUAAGUCGUUUUGAUUUUUUCUAGAUAUAUAUAUUUUG